AUGCCUCUCAACGCCCACCAUGACAGUCUCUUGGCUGAGAUCGAUUCUUGCAUUAAUCGCAAUCGCGGCACCCACUUCGAAGCCGAAAUAUUCUCACACCUUUCAUGUUGUCCGUUCGUUUUGCGAUCGUACGAAUUUGCCAUUGCCGAUGGCGCACUCUACGCGACGCUCAAUAGCGAGCCUCCGACAGGGAGCUACACGGAACGCUUCUGGCAACUCAACGAGCAGGUUCGGAUGCUCCGCAACACCAGUGAGCAUUGGAAGCGUAUUCUAGUCCCUUUUGACAUCAAGAGCAGUGUGUCGAACCGUCCAGAAGACCAACGUUACAUCACAACCGUCAGGCAAAGAGCUCGUGUCGGAUUCUACAUUGCUGUAUGCGCCAUCAAUCCAGAAUAUGUAGAAAUCAUACCAAACCGGUUCAGCGGCGAUAUAAUUGGAGACAUCAAGACACGUAAGGUCGCAGUCAACUUCACACGGAAAUCAUUCUUACCACCUUCCGCUUAUGGCCACCUAAGUCCUUGCAACAGUCCUUACCGCAUGCCGAUAUCUCUCCUGUCCGAAGCUAUCGAAAGCAUCAAGAAUUGUGCACAAGGUUUCGGUGAUUAUAUCAACCCAUGGACUGGUGUCAAAAGCUUUGGUUGGGUACCAUGUGUUGAGUAA